AUGCAGGAGCUAAUCUUACAACUUCCCAACUUUAGUAAAUCAUUUGAAGUAUACACGGAUGCUUCAAAAAUGGCCAUUGGAGAGGUGUUGAUGUAGGAUGGACACUUAGUGGCUUUCAAGGAGAGAAAGCUAAAUGACACAAAGUAAUGGUACUCGGUGCAUGAGAAGGAGAUGACAGCAUUGGUCCAUUGUUUGUGGGUGUGGAGGCAUUACUUACUUGACCAACACUUUACCAUCUACAUCGACAAUGUGGCAACAAGUUUUUUCAACUCUCAAAAAAAAUUAUCACCUAAAUAAGUAAGAUGGCAAGAUCUUUUAGCAGAAUACAAUUUCACACUCAAAUAUAAACUAAGAUGGACCAAUAUAGUCACUAAUAUACUGAGCUGUCAAGGAGCCAUAGUAGAAGCAAUUGCAUUAUCGACGAGUAUAGGGGAUCUUUCGGAUGAGAUUCAAGUAGCACACAAUACAGACCCCACCAUCAAACAACUUAUUCAACAAAUAGAGUCUGGUGAGACAUGUCAAUUCUAG